UGUAAAACAUACUGGAUAUGAUGGGUGUAGUUUCAUGAGUUCACCCAGUUGUUGGGAUACUGUAACCCUGUUACAUGUCAGAGAGAGCUGAGUCUCGAGACGUUGAUAUAAUUGAAUUGAAUAGAAAUAGAAGCAAACGGGAGCUGCGAAGAGUAUUCAGGGUUCCCCUCUCUCUCGUUUUUUCUCGGACUGUUAUUUAUGACGGACUUGUUUUUGUCAACGGUCCAACACUCGGACUGUCGAAACAAACAGUUUAGACCGGGUAAAGUUGACCCUAGACGUUGAUCUUGGGCCAGUUUCGCAUUUCCCCUACUAAUGAUUCAUGUUAGGACUGGGGAAGGGGGAGCUGUUGAUCCUACACCAGCCACGUAGCCUACUGAGCGAUGCAAAGAGCUUUUAAACAGUUUCACCCCGCAGUAAGUAAAUCUGACUAAAACGGCAGAAAAUAGCCGUACGAGAUGCGGUGCGUCAUUGUUGCUACUUGGGUCACAGUUGUUGCGCGUCAUCAUAUUCCACACACACACGGAGCACUACUAUUGGUUACAUUUACACUUCGAAAUUCCAUCCUUUGUCCAUUUGGUACAUGGUGGAAUUCGGGAUCAGAGGCCCUGCCACCUCUGGUGCCUGAGGCUUGGCUCUUUUUCCAUCUCUGGCCUAUGGCCUAUUGAGGAUCAUGCUCUUUUAAGAGGGCACCACCUGAAGCCUCAUACCUAUUCUCCAAGGGCACCACCUGAAGCCUCAUACCUAUUCUCCAAGGGCACCACCUGAAGCCUCAUACCUAUUCUCCAAGGGCACCACCUGAAGCCUCAUACCUAUUCUCCAAGGGCACCACCUGAAGCCUCAUACCUAUUCUCCAAGGGCACCACCUGAAGCCUCAUACCUAUUCUCCAAGGGCACCACCUGAAGCCUCAUACCUAUUCUCUAAGGGCACCACCUGAAGCCUCAUACCUAUUCUCCAAGGGCACCACCUGAAGCCUCAUACCUAUUCUCCAAGGGCACCACCUGAAGCCUCAUACCUAUUCUCCAAGGGCACCACCUGAAGCCUCAUACCUAUUCUCCAAGGGCACCACCUGAAGCCUUCCAGUUUAGUCACUUUUUAGUCCAGCCCUCAGAGGCAGGUGCAGCUCACCUUUUCUUCUGCCAAGCAGUCAUAUCAUCAAACAAUGGAGGAAGACAGGAGCUGGAAAGAGGAGGCCCAGAAGAAGGUGUCAAGCUUCCUAGUGAAGCUGAGGCUGAAGAAUCCUUUGCAGAUUACUGAUAACAGGUCCAGUUCGGAGUCAGAGCGAGCUAACGCUGAAGUUCGCCAGAGGGCAGUCAUGCAGUCUUCAGUAGAGGGCAAAACUCUCCGCAGCACGCAAGGAACUAUCCGUGAUAACUCACUGCAGCACUCCCCACCCACUGGCACUGAUAAGAGUUACAGGGGGGCAGAGGGAUCUACAUCCCCAGAUAACAUUGACAGCGACAGGAAGAAGACCAUGUUCCCACUCCUCUUCACCAAGACAGCCGUGGCUGGGACCACCACCAACCCCCUUCUCACUGAGAAUGACCAGCCCAGCGGGAAGCUUUCUGCCGAGGCAGAAAAGGCCCACAAGACUGUGAUGGUGGCUGGUAUCCCAGAGGAGAUUGGUGUUGGAGCUAAGGUCAUGCAGAAGACCUUACCGGUCUUAUCCAAGUUAAUUUGGUCACGGCCCAGUCCAAGUGAAGAAGAUGACAAAGUCCAGGGCAAAGUCAAAGACUUCCACAAGACCAAACUAGGUGAACAGAAAGAAGAUAACGUCCCGCCAAUAGCCAAAGAACCCCGGAGAAAAGGGUCCCCCCAUGGAGCAGAGCAAGGCAGAGGCAGGGACUAUAGCAGGAGGAAGGAGCCCCUCUCCUACGACAUACAACACAGACUCAACCAGGCCAUGACAGAUUCAGACAGACUCAAAGCUAGAGAGGUCAUCAAGAGAAGCGGAACCAUCCGCUGUGAGAAUCUCCAGCAAAGGCCCAACCGACAGAAGCCAGAGUUGGAGCGAUUCAAACCCAGGGAUAUCACCAAGAGGAGGGCCAUCAUUCCAUGUGAUGAGCUGCAGCAAAGGCCCCAUCAGCCAAUGCCAAAGCCAGAUAAAGCUGCCCUGGUUAAACUCCCGGCGAUUCCACGGUGGACGGGCUCCAUCUCAUAUGAGGAGUACCAGAAGCUGAACCAGAAGAUGCCAGACAGCACCAUCAACACAGAGGACCUGGAGGAGUUCUUAAACUCACUUGGCAUUACUCAUAUUGAAGACCUGGCAACUACGGUGCCUGACGAUCCCCUGACCGAUGCCCAGUCUGAUGCCUUCAAAGAAGUCUUUGAGCAGUUUGCAAAGAACAGUGAUGUCUCUCUCAAUGAGGAGGGCCUGGCGUCCACGCUGGACAGAGUGGGGAUCAGUAUCAGCCCAGAGGAGGUGAAGAAAGCCCUGCAGAAGGCUGACUACGACGAGGACGGAGGGGUGGGGUUUCAAGAUUUCCUGCAUGUGAUGGCAGACAGCCAGCGCUUCUCCAAGUGCUUGAAAGCUGAAGGAGCGGACCCAUCCCAGUCUGUUGAGGUGUGUGAGACAGUGUUUUACAAGGCCCUGACCAGGAUGCUGGCUGCCGGUAUCCUGUCCAGUGGUACUACAACAGAGAUAGUACAGUACUACCAUAAAAAGACUCUGAGGCUGAUCCGGCAGGCCGUGCGACCAGACAGGGAGGAUGGGGACCAUGUUCUCACCUACUACACCAAGGGAGCUCAUCUCAAAGGCCUGAAGAGCAAGCAGCUCCUCAAGUACAUCCAGCCAGUGGAGACAAUUGCCCAAAGCCAGAAGGUGAAGGACAGCCCGUACUCCAGGUGUCCCAGCCUGAACGUGGCCUACACCUCCUGGGACCCCCGGCGCAUGUCCCUGAACCCUGCACAGAGGGCCAAAAUGGGCCACGUGAAGUCUGUCAAGACCUGGAAGACCGCUGAGAUCGAGGAUCGCAUCAGACAACUGUCAAUCAAGCACCCUGGGAUGGAGAAAAUGGAGAUGAUCACGCCUGUGAAGAUGAAGGUGAACAUGUCCAUGAAGGAGAGGGACCACCUCACUUACAAUGAGAUCAACCAGAUAAAGCAGAUGUCCAAAUCAAGUCUGAAGGAGUACCUGAAGGACCUGACCCAGCUGAAGCGCAGGGACAUGUGGAUCUCCUGGGGCUCCCUUCAGUGUUACUGUGCCCUCCACAGCCGAAAGGACUUCACCAAAACCUUCACCACCUACUCCUGGUCCUGGAGCGGCUGUCGCAACAUGAUGGAGACUGGAGACCUGGACGCUCCCUGUAGGUCCGCCCUACGCCCCCAUGUAGCCAACCACUGGAGCCCAUCGCCAGGAAGCGGCGUGCCUCGUCCAAUCAGUGAGGCUAAAAAGAGAAGACCCUGGCGGCAACCCCGUUGACAGGAAAAGCACUACACUGUAGAAAAGAGGAAUAACACCAAUAGCAAUCAUAACAAUACUGAUACGAUCAAUUACUUUAACCACAAAGAUCCCAGCCACCCCCACUUCCUCUGACCACAGUCUCCACUCCCUCACCCCUCCUGAUCCCAGUCCCAUACUUCGACUAGAGCGGCUGUAGUUAUGAGUGCAACAACCCCCCAUGUUAUGUGUACAAACAGGACCGGCCCCCUAGCUGAUCUGUUGCUCUGGGCCUAACUUACAUUAGCCCGCCCCUGAGGGGGGGGUGGAGGGGAGGACAUGCAGUGUCUCCCUGCUCAGCAGAAAUAAACCCAUCAUCCCUGAAAAAA